AUGGAUCUCGGGGAUUCCAGUCAACUAAACAACCACCCAGGCGAUACGAGCGUAAUAGUAAGUGCACGCUCACGACACGCCGAUGAUACGGCGCAGAGUAUGAGUCCCGGACCUGGUUUGGGAGAUAUGGGAGCAGAUGACUACGGGGGCUCAGCCAAUGAGAAAUAUUAUAUAAAUAACACACACGAUGAUACUGAAGUUUCCGGUGCAAGGAUAGGCUUAGAUCUGAGUCUGGUUGCGGACACAAGCGCAGAUAUUGGGGACCGACGAGGGCAAUCACAGAA